AUGGCGAUGUUGCCGCCUUUAGCUCCACUCCCUCCACCAGAGGUACAAAGGUCCAUCCCUUCUAGAGAAUGGGAACUAUAUCUAGAUGCAUGGACCCUUCUACUAGGAGCUCGCUUAGAGACUUCAGAAACUGUGUUCAAGGGGUCAGCCCCGAACGAUGAAUCAGCGGUGCGUUUCUUGACUUCAUUCUACCACCAGCUCGCCACAUCUGGGGGCCAUGCCUUUCAGUCUGGAGCAAAGACUCGGACACUGAGAAAGCUCUGCUUCCUCCUCACGAGGAGACUCGUGCUAGAGGUCACACCGCCGCCGUCUGAGCUUCUAGGAUGGACCUAUCUCAGUGAGAUGAGCUGCUGCUAUCCCUCGAGCUCGGCAUUGAAGAAGCUCCUGUCUGAUGCUUGGAUAAAACAUGAGAAUGUGAUUACAUCGAGCCUUGAGAAAGGAAAAGCGCAAAUUAUUGCGCAGCUUUCUGUACCAGACUCCAGCAGCAUCUCCACAGCUGUCUCUGAUAUCCGUCUAAUGACCAUUCUCGCGUCUUCGCUGCCGGACUGUGGGCAUGUACUCAUGGCGGGCUCUGACUUUCUGGAUACUCUUGCAGAGGCAUACCAGACGCACAAACCAGAGGGUAUUCGCAAGUCCUUGGUUGCCAAUGUCUACGUUGGCUUAACCUCACUUCUGAAAGGCACAAAACCGAACCUUACUCUUCUCCUGGACCAGCUGUUCGGCUUGAAAGCUAGUGUUGGUGUGGGAACUCCAAGAAUGAAGAACGAGCCUACGCUUCUGUCAGAUGUUAUCUGCAGUUCCGACCUUCUAGCACGGCUCGAAAGAUACCUGAACGUGCAGCCCCAGAAACGGGGACACGACCUCGUCACAAGCCUCCGCGCUUAUCAAACCGAGUCGAAGUCAUUCCAUCACCGAUAUCAAAAACCAAAGAAACGGGACGACAAAGGAAAAGGUCGAGCAUCGGACCUCGCAGUACCUGAAGAGGUACACGCUCAUAGGAUGUCUCUUGUCAGCCAAAUCCAAGACCUCUUCCCAGACCUCGGAUCUGGCUACGUCGUCAGGUUGCUGGACCACUAUGGUGACAACCCCGAAACAAUCAUUGCGCACCUUCUUGAUGCCUCCAUUCCACCUGAACUCCAAGAUAUAGACAAAUCAGAGCAACUCCCUCCUAUCCCAGCCACACAACGUGAUUCGCUCCCUUUGAGACCAACAGCUGCUUCAUUCUCACCCCCAGAACCCCGGCGAAACGUCUUCGACAAAGAGGUUGACCUCGCCGAACUCGCCCGCUCUACAGAUAACAACGCCCUCCGAUUCGGCCGAGCAAACCCCAGCCAAACAGCCGACGACGUCCUGGCUGAUCGCAGCAACCAUGCCGCCAACAAAGCAGCCAUCAUCUCCGCACUCGCAGCGUUCGACUCUGACGACGACGAACGCGACGACACCUAUGACGUCGCCGACGUUGGAGGUACCGUAGACGCUGCAGGCGACGGCACGGCAGAAGAUCGCAAAUUCACAUCUACGGACGAACUAGACCUGACUCUCCUGCGCGCCUACAAAUCCACCCCGGCGCUCUUCGCCAGGGACUCAUCAACACGCCGCUCUCAGGCCCGCGAUGCCCUCAAGCGCGAAUCUGGACUAACAGACGAAGCAAUCGAGGGCUGGGCGGUCAUGCUAAACCGCGAUCCUAAACGACUGGCCAGGCUGGAGAGCAAACUCGCUCUUUCUGCUGGUGGUGGGUUCACCCCUGGCGUUGUGGGCGGGCUGUCUCAGCCUGAGAUCCCGUCAACUUCGUACCGACGGCACAAGGGUGAUGAAUUAGAGAACGGAAGUGAAGGACAAUCGUCCGCGUCUCAAGUACAUGUAAGGGGCGGCUCUGCGCGUGGCAGUGGGCGCGGAGGUGGAGGGGGCGGACCUCGUGGGAGGGGUCGAGGCGGCGGUGGUAGGGGAGGAGGAGGAGGUGGUGGUAGGGGAGGAGGAGGAGGUGGUGGUGGAGGGCCAUCUGGAGACCAGAAUCCAGCUGCCUCACGACAGAGAAAGGAAGAGAACAAGGCGAGCCGGGCAAACCAUAAUCGGCGGCAGCAGAGAGCUAAGAAGGUCGCAAGGGCUGGGGGGAUGGUUGGAUAG